CGCGCCGCAGCCCGGGAGAGUCAGAAAGGCGAGGGGCGCCAGAAGCAGGCGUGUGGGACUCCAGAGCGGAGAGCCGGAGGCCGCGCCUUCCCCGCACCAGGACCUUCGCGACGCACCACGUCCUCGCCCCUGCCCCGUGCGAGCGCCCACGAUGACCACCACCCUCGUGUCUGCCACCAUCUUCGACUUGAGCGAAGUUUUAUGCAAGGGUAACAAGAUGCUCAAUUACAGUACUCCCAACACCGGGGGCUGCCUGCUGGACAGGAAGGCAGUGGGUACUCCUGCCGGAGGGGGCUUCCCUCGCAGGCACUCGGUCACCCUGCCCAGUUCCAAGUUCCACCAGAACCAGCUCCUCAGCAGCCUCAAGGGGGAGCCGGCCCCGGCUCUGAGCUCUCGGGACAGCCGCUUCCGAGACCGCUCUUUCUCUGAAGGGGGCGAGCGGCUGCUGCCCACCCAGAAACAACCUGGGAGUGGCCAAGUCAACUCCAGCCGCUACAAGACGGAGCUGUGCCGCCCCUUCGAGGAAAAUGGUGCCUGUAAGUACGGGGACAAGUGCCAGUUCGCACACGGCAUCCACGAGCUCCGCAGCCUGACCCGCCACCCCAAGUACAAGACGGAGCUGUGCCGCACCUUCCACACCAUUGGCUUUUGCCCCUACGGGCCCCGCUGCCACUUCAUCCACAACGCCGAGGAGCGCCGCGCCCUGGCCGGGGCCCGGGACCUCUCUGCCGACCGUCCCCGUCUCCAGCAUAGCUUUAGCUUUGCUGGGUUUCCCAGCGCCGCUGCCACCGCCGCUGCCACAGGGCUGCUGGACAGCCCCACGUCCAUCACCCCACCCCCCAUCCUGAGCGCCGAUGACCUCCUGGGCUCACCUACCCUGCCAGAUGGCUCCAAUAACCCCUUUGCCUUCUCCAGCCAGGAGCUGGCGACCCUCUUUGCUCCUAGCAUGGGGCUGCCCGGGGGUGGCUCCCCAACCACCUUCCUUUUCCGGCCCAUGUCCGAGUCCCCUCACAUGUUUGACUCUCCCCCCAGCCCUCAGGAUUCUCUCUCGGACCAGGAGGGCUACCUGAGCAGCUCCAGCAGCAGCCACAGUGGCUCAGACUCCCCUACCUUGGACAACUCAAGACGCCUGCCCAUUUUCAGCAGACUUUCCAUCUCAGAUGACUAAGCCAGCGUAGGGAGGGACCCCCUGCUUCCUUCACUCCCUCACCACCCCACACCUGUAUCCUUAACCUCCCUACCCACCCCAUUCCCCUUGACCCCUACACUAACAAGGUUAAGCUCGAAUGCCUUCCCCUGAACCUUGGAAUGUCCCCUCCCUAUUUUCCCCCCAUAUCCCCUAACACAAGGACAAGUCAAUUUGUCAGUAGCUUCUUCUGGCUUGAAACCCCCUCCCUCUAUUUUAUAGCCCACUUACCACGAUUAACAGACAAGUCCCAUAUUUGUCAGUAGAUGCCUUUUUUCUGGCUUACGCCUUAAGUGCCAAAUCACAAAAGAAAAAGCAGUAACAGUUUACAGAAGCAACUUAGUGCCUUGUAAUCUAAUUUUGUCACUGUGACUACAUUACCUCUUCAGCGCCAGGGGGCACCCGUGGGCCUCCUGGGGCCUCCGCCCACGGUGGGGGGGGGCACCCAAACCAGCAGCUCCCUCCACUGGCGACAUGACUGCACCUUCCCUUAUUUCUCCCGCACACUUUCCUGUCUUCCCAGUAGAGAGUCGUCCCCCCGCCCCCGCCCCAUUUGGAGAGUUGGGUUUUUGGGGAAAGCUGUCUUGACAUUCAAAACCUUUUUCUUCCCAACCUGAACCCCCGUUGACUAAUCUUGCCUGGGUUUGUAGGUCUGCAGGAAGGAAGGCUGGAAAAGUGGACAAAGAUUUUGAUAUAAGUGGGACUUUGUGAUUUUUUUUUUCUUUUUCUUUUUCUUUUUUUUUUUUUUUUUUAAGUGGGGAGGAAGGGGAGGCUAGAUGGACUACGAGAGACUUGAUUUUGGUGCUAAAGUUCCCCAGUUCAUAUGUGACAUCUUUUAAAAAUGACAAAAAAGAGAAAAGCUAAAAAAAAAAAAAA